CGUUCGGGCUGGCAGAGCUGCAGGGGCAUGCAUCUAGAAUGACGGAUAAGUUUUGGGCCCUGAGCGGGAGGAUGGUGGAUGGGGUGGUGAGUGACUGACGUGGCGAGCGUGGGGCGGAUGAACGCACUGAGCUUCGCUUGUGCAUUCCCUGCACAGCACCGUGUUGCAACUGCGAAGAACCUCGGGGCCUCCCUCUCAAGCCGCGCAACGUGGGACACGGGGAGCGGACACCUGCGCUGCACCUCGUCUUCAAGGCACCGCUGUACAGCACAAGACCGCCAUGGUGCUUCGGCGGACGCUGCCACCGAUCGCGCUGCGCCCACCCGCAAUCUAUCCCCGGCCCUUGCGGGUGACGUGCAUCCAGUAAACCCACAGGCCGCCGCAAUUUGCAGCGACCAUCGAGUCUAUCGUCGAUACGGCUGGCGACGAAUGCCGUCAGCGAACGUGUCCCAAUCUCAGUGCCUGACGCUUCGCGCGGCUGUAGCAGUGUGGCUGACUAUCCCAGGAGGUGCAUUUGCGUGAAAAUGUCCCCAGGGACGACGUGUCCGCGCCGUAGAUAUGUAUUCGAUACAAGUCACGUUUUG